UCUCUCUAAAAUCACAUUCUCGGUAUUCACGAUACGGCUUCAAAUCAAAAUUUGUUCACCACAUUGGAAAUUACGAUCGUUGCAGCACUAUCUAUCCGGAUUGAUCAAAAUAUUUUUGAGAUUUUGAGAAAUGUCGAAUUCCGAGAAACAGCAAUCGGCGGAGGAUCGACAAUUCAACGAUGUGGAUCGCGCCGAUCAGGUUUCCGGCGGGGGUAGUUCCAUCGAUGUCUCUUCCAGUCGCGACGAGGCGGCGGUGCUUGCGAAUCGGUCGGUUACGCGGAGGUUGACAGAUAUUUUGGUGGAGGAUAGGGAUGCCGAUCUGCUUCUACAGAGCAGCGGGAGAGAAGAGGGGGUUAUCCAGUGGCUUCGCGCAUUGGAUUUGCAGGUGACGGGGGCUUGCCGAGCGGAUGAGAGGUUGAAGCCUUUGCUCAAGCUGAACGCCUCCGCUGCCAUGGCUGAGGAUGGUCUACUAUCUCACCUUAGUCAGCACUUUGAGCAGUCAGAGGUUGGCAUGUUGGCCAGGUGCUUGUGCGCACCGCUGGUUUCUCUCCGGGUCGGAAAGAUCAACAAGCAAGGAACAUUUCUGUCUCCGACAUCUGUAAGGGGCAAUUUAUGUCUCACCCUUCUGCGAACAUCACAUUUGAGAAUAUCAUUUAAUGGAGAUGAUGGUUCUGAGGAGAGGCUGGCAACAUUAAGUACUGAGGCUCAGUGUACCGAUGUGGAAAUUGAGGAGAUCCCUGCUGACAAGUCUGGAAGGUCCUUCUUUGUGAAGACCUCGGAUGGCGGGGUUUCUUAUUUUUGGUGCUCAGAAAAAUCUAUGUUUGUGGGGUAUGAAUUGCUUAGAAAGUUUAAAGAUUUGCUAGCUCAGAAACCUUCACUUGCUGAACUAACUGGAAUUAGCGAGUCACGACUCAACUUUUUUGUGAGCCAUCUUCGAUCAUACCUUGCUGGAUCAGUGGCAAAUAAUGCUCAAGUGAGUAGCGUGCUAUCUGCUAGCCCUUCAGAUGGCUCAGCCAAUUCUUCCGAACAUCAUAAUCCUCAUUCAUCAGUCAAUAGUUUAAAGAGUUCACGCAUCAGGCAAUAUGGCAGUCAAGGAUCAAAGACAAACCUCAUUUUUCAGGGCUGUUUAAGUGCUAGAUUGUUAAGGACUUAAAUCCCUAACGAACCGAUAAAACGAAAAAUAACAAGAUAAGAGAAUCUGGUGCUCGUGAGGGUCGGCGGGGAUAAGGAUCUGGGCGGUUGUGCGCGGGUUCCAACCCGUCGGGCAACGGCUACAGAUCAAAUAUACGUUCCGGCUGUGCGCGGAGAGAUUCCGUCGGGCAGCAGGUAGCGUAGGGAAUUAUGGAUUCAAAGCAUAUCACAAGGCAUUUGGCCAAAAUAAUAUAUUCAUUGAAUGAUUAAAAUGA